UCACCGAUGGCGUCGAGCUACAAACUGCGAGCCUCCACUUCUGCUUCUUCAUCAUCGUCAUCUGCUCAGUACAAAUACGACGUAUUCUUGAGCUUCAGGGGGGAAGAUACCCGGAAGAAGUUCACGGACCAUUUAUACGAUAAGCUGGAGUGGCGAGGAAUCAAAACCUUCAGGGAUGACCCAGACCUUGAAAGAGGUACAUCUAUCUCCCCUGAGCUCCUGGCCGCAAUUGAACAAUCAAGGUUCGCAGUGGUUGUCCUGUCGCCAAAUUACGCUUCUUCCAAGUGGUGCUUGCUUGAAUUGGUCAAGAUUGUUCAAUGCAUGGGUGACAGGGGGACGAUUCUGGCCGUGUUUUAUGAAGUGGAUCCCUCUGAUGUACGAUAUCAGAAGGGGAGCUUCGCAGAGGCUUUUGCUAAGCACGAAAAGGACUUGAACAGGGUGCAAGAGUGGAGAGAUGCUUUAACCAAAGUGGCUAAUCUCUCUGGUUGGACCUCAAAGGAUUACAGGUAUGAAACAGACCUUAUUAAAGAGAUUGUGGAAACACUAUGGAAGAAAGUGGAUCCCACAGUUGCAUUACCAAAGUCUGGGGCCUUAGAGAACUUAGUUGGAAUUGAUUCCAAGCUGAUGGAAAUAGAAUAUCUUUUAGGAACAGAAGAAAGUGAUGUCUUCAUUGGAAUAUGGGGUAUGGGUGGGAUUGGCAAGACAACCAUUGCUAGACAUGUUUAUCAGAAACUUUCCUAUCAUUUUGAAGUUUGCUUAUUUCUUACUGAUAUCAGACAACUUUCUGCAACACAUGGUCUAGUUCAUGUACAAGAACAACUCCUUUGUCAGAUCUUGAAGGAGAAAAAUGUUGAAGUACGAGAUGUAUAUGAUGGAAUGACCAAGAUAAAGAGGUGUUUGUUCAGUAAAAAGGUCAUUCUAGUUUUUGACGAUGUGAAUCAGUUAGACCAACUGGAACAAUUGGCCGGAGAAAAAGACUGGUUUGGUUCAGGAAGCAUAAUUAUUGUGACAACUAGAGAUCAGCAUCUACUAGACCUGCACGGCAUAAAGAAACAAUAUAAGACCAAGGGAUUAAAUGACUAUGAAGCUCUUCAGCUGUUCAGCUGGAAAGCAUUUAAGAAGGAUUAUCCUGAAGAAGGUUAUAGGGAAACUCUUAGAAGUAUCUUGGAUUAUUCCAGAGGCCUUCCAUUGGCUCUUAAAAUUCUGGGAUCUUUUCUGCACAAUAGAACUAGGGGUGAUUGGGAAAGUGCAGUAGCUAAGCUAAAGAAAGCUCCUAUUGAUCAAUUGCUGUUUAAAGCACUCAGAAUAAGUUAUGACGGAUUAGAUAGGGUGAACCAGCAAGUUUUUCUUGAUAUUGCAUGUUUCCUCAAGGGAAUUGACAAAGACCGAGUGAUUCAAAUACUAGAUAGCUUGUUUGGCUUUGACACGCGUGUCAUCAUAAGUGUUCUCGUUGAGAAAUCUAUGUUGACCAAUUUGGGCAACUGUGUGGAUAUGCAUGAUCUAGUACAAGAAAUGGGAAGGGAAAUCGUCCGUUUGGAGUCUGAGCACGAGCCUGGACAACGUAGUCAGUUGUGGCUUCGUGACGACAUCUUUCAUGUACUCAAAAAUAAUAUGGGAACAGAAGCAAUCAGAAGCAUAAGUAUAACCAUUUGCUUGCCUAAAGUGGAAGAGCUAGCUUGGGAUCCCAAUGCCUUCUCUAGGAUGUCUAAACUGAAGUUUCUCAAAAUGCAAAAUUUGGUUCUACGCCAAGGCCCUGAAUUUCUUCCUGAUGACAUGAGGGUUCUUGAAUGGACUUCAUAUCCUUCAAACUCUCUUCCUAUAAAAUUUCAGCCAGUGAAUCUUAUUGAGCUUACUCUGCAUCAUAGCAAAAUUCUUCACCUUUGGCAUGAAAUAAAGUACUUGAACAAGUUGACAAUUAUCUAUCUUAGUUACUCCGACAACUUGACAGAGACCCCAGAUUUCACAGGCAUUCCAAACCUUGAGAGGCUGGUUCUUGAAGGUUGUACGAAUUUAGUUUCCAUUCAUCCGUCAAUAUCAACUCUCAGAAGACUGAAGAACUGCCGAAGUAUUACGAGUUUUCCAGGUGAGUUAGAAAUGGAUUCUCUUGAACUACUUGAUCUUUCUGGCUGCUCAAGAGUGAAUACACUUCCACGACCUGUCAGAUCACUCAGAUGGACCCAAAAGUUAUCAAAACUUUGUUUGAGUGGAAUUGGCAAGAAAAAAGUUUCAUAUAAUUCAGUCCAUUCUCAUGGGCUGAGUCUUGUAUUGGCCUCUUUGAAACAUUUCUGCUACUUGAAAGCAUUACAUCUAAGUGACUGCAAAUUAGGUGAAGGAGCCAUUCCUGAUGAUAUUGGUUGUUUGUCCUCCUUGGAAAACUUGGAUCUUAGUGCAAACAACUUUAUCACUCUUCCUUCAAGCAUUAGUCGGCUAUCAGAGCUCAAGUGCUUGAAUUUGGCCGAUUGCAAAAGGCUUGUACAAUUGCCAUGUCUUCCAUCCUUUUGUGGCGCAUGUUGUGUGACUGCAGACAACUGUAUAUCCUUAAAAAAGGUUCCAGAUCCACCAGAGUUGUGCAGAUUAUGGAAGCUAUCCUUCAAUUUUAUUAACUGUCAUAGCCUCAAAGAUGGAGGAAUUGAAGAUGGAGGAAUUGAAGAUGGAGGUGGUGGUAUUGAAGAGGAUAGCGAAGAUGAAAGCUUACACUGUUGUUCUUGUUUUGAGUUCAACAACAAACUUUAUCUUACGAAUUAUUGUGAUUUUGAUGAAUAUGUUACAUGUUAUAAUGAUCUGGCGAUUGAUGAUGGAGGCAUUGAUGUUUAUGGAAGCUCUGGAGAUUAUGGAUUCACUUCUUACAUUAUAUAUUCAUAUCUACAGCGGUUCCUUGAGGAACCCCCUCCCUUUUUCGAGGUGUUCAGUAUUGUGGUUCCUGGAGAUCAUAUUCCUCGUUGGUUCAAAAAUACUAGUGUUAGACACUCCCCACUGAGACAGGCGCCACCAGAUUGUUCAUCAUGUAGUAGUAAGUGGAUCGGCUUUGCUCUCUGCGUUGUUUUUGGGGCUGACGAAAAUUUGGAUUCCCUUGGUGACGAUCAUGCAAACACAAUUUCGUGUUCUUGGAAGCCUGGUCUUUUUAUACCCGCCAGUUUUAGUUUUCAUCUAAAACAAGUUAUUCAGUAUGAUCACCUUUGUCUAUUCCUUCUGCCUCCAGAACAUACUAAUUUAACAGAUCCAAAAUUCAUCAAAUUCCUCUUCCAAGCUGGCACAGGCUUGAAGAUGAAGAAGUUUGGUGUCCGUACUCUGUACAAGCAAGAAGUAAAAGAACUCGAGUUAAGGAAGAGGCGAUACGAGGAACGUAGUUUUGAUUGUCAUUGGAGAUCUGAUGUGCUGGAACCUCUGUUCAGUCGUGUAGAGGGAAAUAAGUGGACAGUGUAAGUGUUCUAGUUUUUUAACCUGAGAUGAGGAAC